AUGUCUGCUCAAAGAUUGAAAAUUGGCUGUGCCGGUCUUGGCCGUAUGGGCAAGCGCCAUGCCCUAAACUUCCUCGAACGCACUCCUCGAGCUGAGCUCGUCGCAGCCAGUUCUCCAGAUCCCGUGGAGCUCGAAUGGGCCAAAACUCAUCUCGAGCCCUUUGGUGUUCGCCUGUACCAGAACUACGAUGACAUGCUCAAGCAUGAGGGCCUGGCCGCCGUGGUGGUUGCCUCAGCCACUGCCGUACACGCCGAACAGGCCCUGAAGGCGAUCGCAGCGGACAAGCAUGUUCUAUGCGAGAAGCCCAUUUCCACCAGCGUAGAAGUUUCCCAAUCCGUCCUCGACGCAGCAGUCAAAAAGCCGCACCUGAAAGUAAUGUGCGGCUUCUCCAGACGCUUCGACAAAUCCUACCGCGACGCCUACGCCAAGAUGCAAGCCGGCAUAAUCGGCACGCCCUCCGUCCUCCGCAGCCAAACCUGCGACAAACUAGACCCAAGCGGCUUCUUCGUCGCUUAUGCCGAGUUCAGCGGUGGCAUCUUCGUUGACUGCUCCAUCCACGACAUAGACCUCACCCUCUGGUUCUUCGGCAAAGACAGCAAAAUCAAAUCCGUCUCCGCAGUCGGCAUCACCGCCGUCGAGCCAGACCUGCGCAAACACAAUGACCGCGAUAAUGCAGUGGGUCUGGUUGAGUUCUAUGAUGGGCGCAUUGCCUUCUUUUACGCGUCUCGUAUGAUGGCCGCUGGCCAGGAGGAUGUGACGGAGAUUAUUGGGACCAAGGGCAAGUUGGCGGUUAAUACGCAGCCGGCCAUGAAUCAUGUUAAUGUUUAUGAUGGGAGUGGUAUUCGUCGUGAGAUUCCGCAGACUUAUUAUGAUCGCUUUGAGUAUGCUUUUGUUGCUGAGGCUCAGGAGUUUUCCGCGUCGUGUUUGGAUGAUUCGCCGGUUCCUGUUGAUUUGGGUUCUGCAGUUACUGCUGUCAGGAUUGGGGCUGCUUUGCAGGAGUCGCUUAUUACUCAGAAGAAGAUUUUCUUUGAUGAGAACGGAGAGAGGUGUGAGCUUGCCCGUCUGUGA